UGCAGCCCUUUUUGUUAAAAAGCAAACUUUGUAAUGCAGCAUCAAGAAAUUUUGAGAUGAUCAAGGCUGAAAAGAAGGGAGAGAAACAAAAUGUUGGCUUCAUCCAGCUUAACCGACCCAAGGCACUGAAUGCAUUGUGUGAUCAACUGAUGUCCGAGUUACAGGAUGCCCUUGAUGACUUUGAAACUGACAAGGCUGUUGGAGCCAUUGUAAUCACAGGAAGUGAAAAAGCUUUUGCUGCUGGGGCUGAUAUCAAGGAGAUGCAGAACUUAACAUUCCAGAAGUGCCUGUUGGGAGAUUUCCUCAGUCACUGGACCUGCGUGGCUAGAUGCAAGAAGCCUGUCAUUGCUGCCGUCAAUGGAUUUGCUCUUGGAGGAGGCUGUGAAUUGGCCAUGAUGUGUGAUAUCAUUUAUGCAGGAAACAAAGCAAAGUUUGGCCAGCCAGAGAUUCUGCUUGGUACUAUUCCAGGUGCUGGUGGAACUCAACGUCUCCCAAGGGCUGUGGGUAAAUCACUCGCUAUGGAGAUGAUUUUAACUGGGGAUCCUAUUUCAGCAGAAGAUGCUCACAAAUCAGGUCUGGUUAGCAAAGUCUUUCCCGCGGAAGACCUUGUUACUGAAGCCAUCAAGACUGCUGAAAAGAUAUCUUCUUUAUCGAAAAUCGCUGUUCAACUCGCCAAGGAAGCCGUUAAUACAGGUAUGCUGUUAUUCAAACAGUUUAUCAUACUGAUGAAAACAUAGUUUUGCUGAAAGUCAAGAUAUUUAAC